AUGGCGACUGGUGGGUGUGAAAUUACUUCGGAUGAAAUUUUCAACUUUAAAUGUACGCCUUGUUCCAAGAAAAAUAAGAACCGAGAAGCGGUAAAAUACUGUGUGGAGUGUCAGGGAUACUGUUGUAGGUCAUGUGUAGACAUACAUGAAGAUUUUCCUGCUUUAGAAGGACAUCAGCUUCUUGAUAAAUCAGAUUUUAAGUCGACAGGUAUUACGUCGGACCUCCCGGAUUUACCGACCGUGAGAUGCAAGAUUCAUACAGUAAAGGUUAUGGAUAUGUACUGUGGAAACCAUGACGUGGUGGGUUGCACCAGCUGCAUGGCUCUGUCACACAGGAGUUGCACAGACGUACAACUGGUACCCGAUAUAAUCAACACUGUUUUCAAAAAGGAAGACGCAGAUGAUACAUCGCUAAAGCUACAGGAUAAGAUAAAGCAGUUGGAGAAAAUUAUACAGACGCGUUUGUCACUUCUUAAAGAGUUGAAGGGUUCAAAGGCAGAAGCAAUAACUGCAAUUACAGACUUCAUAAAGGAACUGGAAGUUAUACUUCAAAACCUUAAAAAGAAAUCUUUAAAUGAAGUUGAAGAAGAAUAUCACAAAACGAAGAGUAUGCUAGAGGAAGAGAAGAAGAAAGCUGAAACUGAAAUGAAAGACAUGAAGCAAGCUGAUAAUGAUAUUCGGCAACUAGAAGUGAACAAAACUCAAACAUUUGUCAAUACGAAAAUCGCUCAAGAGAAAGCUACCAUAGCAGAUGAAGUCAUUAUGUCCUUGAAGUCACCUUCUAACACAAAAAUAAAAUUUCAAGUGGACACAGAUAUAAGAGAUACUUUGCGUAGAUUAAAGUCAUUAGGAGAACUCUACAUUUCUUCUUCCACAGCUUUCAAACCUAGAGCAAGCGUCUAUUCAAUUACAGGCACCAGUGAUAUGAAUAUCAAAUUACCAUAUGAAAGAAACACAUGUCAUAUCGUUGGAUCAUGUUUAACAGAAACAGGAAUGCUGCUGUUAACUGAUUAUAACAAUAGAAAGCUCAAACGUACAUACGUUACCAAUUUGUCUGCGAUAGAUUAUUGCGAAUUUUCCGAUAUUCCUCACUUUGUUUGCGCUACAAAUAAACAGGAAGCAGCAGUAACCUUUAAUCACAAGGCAAUUCAAUUUGUCUCUAUUGGAAAGCAAAUGGCAAGAACACGCCAACUAACUGUGGGUCAUCGUUGUUAUGGUAUUGCUUACAAUGAAGACAAAUUGUACAUAACUGAUAAUAGUUCUUCCCUUUACAUACAUGAUAUGACAGGUAAUCUGCUUCAGACAGUAUCAAAAGACAGUGCCGGGAAUCCUCUCUUCACAAAAAGCAGAGACAUUGCCUUCAGUGACAACAAAGAUAAAAUGUUCGUCGUCGAUUUCACAAACAAGAUGAGAACUCUUGAUAUUCACGGAAAUCAUACUGAUACAUACACCGAUUCAGAUUUAGUAUAUGAUUCAGGAGUUGAUACUGAUAGAAGAGGUAACAUAUUUGUAUGUGGAUACGGAUCAAACAACAUUGUACAGAUAGGACAAGAUGGAAAGAAGAAAGGAGUGAUCGCAACAGCGUCAGAUGGACUUGUGAAUCCAUUCACCAUUUGUUUUGAUCCGACACAGAGUGUAUUGUUUGUCACACAAAGAAACAAUAAUAAAAUGAAAAUCUUUAAUUUGAAAUGAAAAUGUUAACACUAUACCAAACUUUACAAAACGUAUUGUUGUUUCAGUAAUUUUUAAAAGCUUGUUCUGUACGAGUGCAAAGACACUGAAAUAAGAUAACAAUGAUAUAUAUUUAUUGAAUGGCUUGAAUAUUUAUUGAAUGACUAUUAGCCCGGGAUUAAAAUGUUUUGUAACAUGACAAAAAAAUAAAUUUCAAGGUGCCUUCUCAAUUUGUCACGGCAAACUUGUGUUGAACUAUGGAGAGGUCAACAGCAGGAACUGUUGACUGGCGAUAUAUAAAUGUAUUCAUAAAAUGAAAAAUUAUAUUAGUUCAGACAAGGACAACGCGAAUGGGUAUUUUGGAUGUAAUACCAAAAAGUUUACUUUAUAUAAUGUGAACAAAUUUGAUAGAAAGAAAAAUUUGUUAAAUAUAAUGAAGCUCCGGGGAAACACAAUAGUGUCUUAUGGCAACAAUAUAACUAAGUCGUGACAACGCAAAAAUCAACUUCUGUCAUCGAGGUAGAAUCUACUGGGAACGCAGCAAAAUAUAAAAAAUCAGACCUUGAUGUUAUAUACGCCAAUUUGUCCCAGAAACCGUGUAUGUAUGAAAGUUGAAAUCUAUAUUCUUAUCGCAGGGCUAAACGAUAUUAUUUUAAUUAUACUAAUAUGAGACAGAAUAAAGCACACGUAAUGACCAGCUUCUAUAGGGUUAGUAUGGGCUAUCGGGAGGUCUAGAGCGAAAACGCCAAUCAUUCAUUUUUCUAAACGUCAAUUUUUGUAAGAACACUAAGACAAAGCAAUAAACUAAACGGUUUUAACAAGUACGAGGGUUGAUCCAUAAAUGACGUCACCAGUCCUGGUUGCACGAUUGAAUUUUAUUGUCUGUUUUUCCCCUUUUAAAUAGUAGUAAAAUACAGAUUUCUAACGUUAAUAAAAAUCAUUCAAUGUUUCAAAGUCUUUUGACACCAAUCUUAUCUUUCAAUAGGACAAAAUCGAAAUCAGAACAAAUUCUAACUCUUCUGAAGCGAUUCCAGGUGAACACCUUGUAUGUGAGAAAACUGUAAAACAUUAUUGCCGUGUGUGUGUAUAUUGUGACAACUGUAUACAUAAUAAACUGAGUUGUUUUAUAUCAGAUGAAAUAAACGUUGAUACAUAUCAUUCUGUUACACAAAAUGUGACAUAGACAGUAGUUACAGACUUCCAUUGAAUCAAAUAUAUUUAUAUGACGUAUCUUCAUAUUAAGAAUUGAAAUACCAGAUUAGUAUGUUACAAAAAAUGAUAGUGCGAGUUGUGUAUUGGUGUUUUGUAUAUUUAUCCUACAUUUGAGGAUACCGUUUUGAACUAUAUUUCGAUGGCAAAUAUAUAUAUAU